GUUUAUUCAUAAAUACAAGAAUUCAUGCAAUAAAGGUGAUGAAUUACGAUUGAGGCAUCAUCAAAGGCGUUUUUUGCAAGCUAUUUAUGAAUUUAGACGUAUCAAAUGGGAUCAACGAAAAUUGCAAGAACGUGGAAAUUUAUUAUUAGAUUUUGGCAAGGUUAACAAUUUUGCUUGA